AUAUUGCUUAAUAAACAAGAGGGGUAAAAUUGUCAUUCAUGCUUGGGUCUUCUUCUUCUCUACAACCCUAAUUGCCGCUGAUUGUUCUGCGUUUCUUUUACUCGUUUUUGUUUCUUCUUCCUGCAUCUAUCUCAUCUAUCCGUCCUUCAAUUUCUUCAAUGGCACCGAAGAAGGACAAAGUUCCACCACCAUCCUCUAAACCCGCCAAAUCCGGCGGUGGAAAGCAGAAGAAGAAGAAGUGGAGUAAAGGAAAGCAAAAGGAGAAGGUGAACAACAUGGUUCUCUUCGAUCAGGCAACUUACGACAAGCUUAUGUCUGAAGCUCCCAAGUUCAAAUUGAUCACUCCUUCUAUUCUCUCUGACCGUCUUCGGAUCAAUGGGUCGCUUGCUAGGAAGGCGAUCAGAGAUUUGAUGGCUAAAGGAACGAUCAGGAUGGUUUCAACUCACUCAAGCCAGCAGAUUUACACUAGGGCUACCCACAACUAAGUUUCCUUCCAUUGUUUUUAUCUCUUUUGUCCCAAGUAUUUCCCAUGUAUUGACUCGAUGUUCAGAUGUUGAUCUUUUCCCUUCAGUCAAGAUUUUCGAGAAUAGAGCUUGAAUUGUACUCUUUGUUUUUUUAUUUUAUAGUAGUACCAAGAAGGAUUUGAUGGUUAUAUAAGUUUCCUGCUUAGU